GGCCGUGUCGGCGCAUAACAUACGUCAUAAAUAAACUUAUCUGAUUGGCUUAUGGGUAACCAAUGAUUUUAAACUUCAGAGAAGCGCGCCCUUGCGAGAGAGAAAACACUUCUCUGUCUGUUAUGCCAUUCUCUAGACCAGUGUUCCCAACCCUGUUCCUGGUGGCUUUCUCCCUUAUCAAACACACCUGACUCAACCCAUCAGCUCAUAACCUCAUAACCAGUCCUGCUCUGUAAUUGAAUCUAUAAAUUUGCGAGUGCAUCAGUUCAGAAGCUUCAGAAGAGAAAAUGGCUGUAAUCGAGUCACUUCUGCAGUUUCUCAGCACAGGAACAUUACUGGGCGCUUUGCUGUUGCUUCUGGUUCUGUAUUUGCUUUCCUCUGGAUCCAGAUCUCAGAAAGAGGGGAAAGAGCCUCCGGGACCCAAACCUCUGCCGCUGCUGGGGAACCUGCUGACCCUUGACCUCGAGAGACCAUUUGACACCUUUUUUGAGCUGUCCAAAACCUACGGAAACAUAUUCCAAGUGUGUUUGGGUCCCAGAAAAUUUGUUGUUUUAGUUGGGUACAAAACUGUCAAAGAUGCUCUCGUGAACCAUGCAGAAGAGUUCGGCGACAGAAAAACUGAACUUGGUUUCAGGAUAAUGCACGGCGAACAUGGUAGGAUUCUUUGUCGAAUCAUUUUUUCCAAUGGAGAGAACUGGAGAGAGAUGCGACGCUUCGCUCUCAGCAACCUGCGGGACUUCGGGAUGGGCAAGAGAGGAAGUGAAGAGAAAAUCAUAGAGGAAAUUCACUAUCUGAAAGAAGAGUUUGAUAAGUUUGAAGGUACAAGCUGA